AUGUCAUCGAAAUACACGGGAUGCCGGAACACACAAAGCAUAACCAUACAAAUCAGUCGGAAUCACAUCAAUAUGGCCGUCAUGCCACUUAACUUGUCUACUUUCAUUUAUUUCCUUUUCAUUUCGUUCAAUUUCUCUAUCAAUUACUCCCCUCUAUCUAUUCCUCUCCUCUAUCCAUUUCCCCUCUUUAUCUAUUCUUCCCCUCUAUCUAUUCAUACACACUAUCUAUUCAUCCUCUCUCUCUCUAUUACUCCCCACUACCAAUUCCUCUCUAUCUAUUCCUACUCUUUCUCUAUUCUUCCCCUCUAUCUAUACCUCCUCUCUAUCUAUUCCUUCUCUAUUCCUCUGUCCUAUCUAUUCCCCCUCUAUCUAUUCCUCCUCUCUAUCUAUUCCUCCCCUCUAUCCAUUCCUCCUCUCUAUUUGUUCAUCCUUUCUAUCUCUUCCUUUCUCUCUAGCUCCUGUUUAUUCUUCCUCUCUAUUUACUCCUUCUCUCUAUCUAUCCCUUCCCUUUAUCUAUUUAUUCCUCCUCUCUAUUCCUCCUCUCUAUUCCUCUUUUCUAUCUAUUCCCCCUCCUUAUUCCCACUCUCCCUUUUUUCCUCCUCUCUAUUCCUUCUCUAUCUGUUCAACCCCUCUAUCUUUUCUUUUUCUCUAUCUAUUCCUCUCCUUUAUCUAUUCCUCCUCUCUCUCUAUUCCUCCUGCCUAUUUAUUACCCCUCUGUAUUCCUCCUCUCCCUUUAUUUCUCCUCUCUGUCUAUUCCUUCUCUAUCUAUUUAUUCCUUCUCUCUGUUCCUCCUAUUUAUCUAUUCCUCCUCUCCCUUUAUUCCUUUUCUCUAUCUAUCCCUCCUCCCCGUCAAUUCUCCUCCUAUCUUAUUCGCUACUUCCUAUUUUUCGCUUCCGAUUUCCGGCCAUUCUUGCUCUAUAA